UGACCCCCACAGCUCUCUCGGUCCCACACAUCUCCCUCACAACCUAAGGGCCACCACAGUAGGUGCUAAGUAACAACAGAACUGUCCCUGGAAGCUACAGGCACAAGAGUGCCAAGGCCAGGCUGUGGGGCUGCGGUACUGUGUAUUUGGCAGUAUUUAGAGGACCCAAGAGUCCAGACCCAGCCCUCCUCCCUCAGACUUAGGGGGUUCAGCUUCCAUCCCUCCUCCCACAAACCUAGACAUUCCAACCCCAGCCCUCUUCCUUCAGAGAGUCGAUUACACAAACCUUCUCCCUCAAGUUCAGGAGUCAAUGUUGCAGGCAUCUCUCCAGACCCCAGACCCAAGGACCAAGGUCCAGCUCUUCUCCCUCAGACUUCAGCCCUCCUUGAGUCCCAGAGGUUGAGUUCCUAGCCCUCCUUCCUCAGACCCAAGGGUCUACCCCCCAGCUCUUCUCCUUUGGACCCAGGGGUCAAUCCCCCAGCCUCUCUCACACAUCCUACAAUCUUAAUUUGGGAUCCCCCCACCCCCCAGGGCCCCAGGAUUUUGGCUCUUACUUACUCCAUGGGUAGAAAAAUCCCUGGAUUCCAUUCGCAUCUGUGGGAAAGAAAGGGUGAUGUUGGGAGAUUGUGUGGCAGCCAACGUGGUGGCCCUGUCCACAGCCCCCAAUGGCCCUGUCCAUAGCCCCCUGAUGUCCUCCUCAGUACCCUCACCUACUGAGCCCUGCAUCAGCAGGAGAAGGCCCAAAGCUGAGAUCCCAGACCCCACCAUGUUACCUCCCCAGACCUCUGGGGCCUCUGCAAAGUAACCUUAAACAACAUCAGCCCUAGCAACAGCUGGGCUCCGCCCCAAAAGCUUCAGCCCCAAAAUUCUUAGUUCUGUUGCUAAGGAAUCCCCUCAGCAAGGGGUUCACAAGAAGGGGCGCCCCGUCCCAUCAAUUCUACCUAGGAGAAGAGGUGGGUGGGCAUUGGGAGAUUUCAAAUUUAGCGCCUUCUCAGCAAGGGAAGAGGAAAAGAGAAAGCAGGACAAAGCACAGGGCUGGAGAGGUCUCUCCAUUUUCAUCCGGAACCUGACAGGAUAAGGAUAUGGGACUGGGGAAAUCUUUGAGUUGCAGACUCCAUUUCUUUCCUAACCCAAUGUCUAAAGAGGCAGCCUCAAGAGACCCAAGUUCAGAAAUCCUCAUUGCUAGGGUAUUAUUCCUUUUAGCAACCAGGAAAAAGGGGAGGGGGGAGGACCCUAGAAUAGUGGGGUCUCACUGAGCCCCAUUGUUAGAGAAGGUUUCCUCAGCAACCAGAUGAGAGGAAGAAGGGACAGUGAGGGCUGGUGGGUUGGCCUUGGGUUUCACAUCACAGGCUCCAGCAGGCACCUGCUUUAGGGAACACAGACCAGGGGUGGGACUGACUGCGUGGCCCUGCUGAGACUGAGGUGUGGUCCCUGUUAGAGGCUGUGAUGGUGACUCCUGCCAAAAGUUUCAGCGCUGAGAGUGCAGGUGUGUACCAUCACUCUGCCAAUGGAGCCACAUCCUCAGCUUCUCAGUUGCCAGUGUCUCUCCAUCUCAGAGACUAGGUGUUUGUCGCCUGGUCCUGGUGGUGCUGAGCCUCUGGCCAGAUAGAGUCGUUGCCCCUGGGCCACCAGCUGGCUCCCCUCGAGUCUCUUCAGACCCUCGUGCAGAUCUGGACAGCGCUGUUCUCCUAACCCGAUCCCUCCUGGCAGACACACGGCAACUAGCUGCACAGAUGAGAGACAAAUUCCCAGCUGAUGGAGAUCACAAUCUGGACUCCCUGCCUACCUUGGCCAUGAGCGCUGGGACAUUGGGAUCUUUGCAGCUUCCUGGUGUGAUGACAAGGCUUCGAGUAGACUUGAUGUCCUACCUCCGGCAUGUACAAUGGCUGCGCCGUGCAGGUGGUCCUUCCCUAAAGACUCUGGAGCCAGAGCUGGGUGCCCUGCAAGCCCGACUGGAACGGCUACUCCGUCGAUUACAGCUCUUGAUGUCUCGCCUGGCCUUGCCCCAGGCAGCCCCAGACCAACCUGUGAUCCCUCUGGGUCCUCCUGCCUCAGCCUGGGGAAACAUCCGGGCAGCUCAUGCCAUCCUAGGAGGGCUGCACCUGACCUUGGACUGGGCCGUGCGGGGCCUGCUGUUGUUAAAGACUCGACUGUGACUCGGGACUGAAAGUCACCAUCGAUACCGCCCUUUAAAACCAGAUCUUAUUUAUUUAUUUAUUUUGGUACUUGGAGGGGGGGCAUGAUGAUCAGGGGCAUGCCACACCCCAAACAACC